GGAUCGCACUUCUUCAGCCCGCGGAAGCCCACCUGGCCCCGGCGGAGCGCACUCGCCACUCCCAAGAUGGCGUCGAAGGGUGAGAGGAAGCGGAAGUGGGGCGGCUCGCGCGGGGCACGGCGGGAAGCGGUGUGGGCACGCGGCGGCGGCGCCGGGACCGAGUCUGACUGACAGUGGAGCCUGACCCCACAGAAGAACCCGCGCCACCAUGGGCAAGAAAAGCAAACUGGGCAAGAGCCGACGGGACAAGUUCUACCACUUGGCCAAGGAGACCGGCUUUCGCUCCCGCUCCUCCUUCAAGCUUCUGCAGCUCAAUAGGAAGUUCCAGUUCCUGCAGAAGGCUCGGGCGCUGCUGGACCUGUGUGCGGCUCCUGGCGGGUGGCUGCAGGUGGCUUCCAAAUUUAUGCCAGUUUCCAGCUUGAUCAUCGGAGUGGACUUGGUCCCUAUUAAGCCCAUUCCCAAUGUGGUGACGCUGCAGGAAGACAUCACCACUGAGAAAUGCCGCCAGGCCUUGCGCAAGGAGCUGCAGACGUGGAAGGUGGAUGUUGUGCUGAACGACGGAGCACCCAACGUGGGAGCCAGCUGGGUGCAUGAUGCCUACUCCCAAGCCAACCUGACCCUCAUGGCUCUGAAGCUGGCCUGCGAAUUCCUGUGCAAAGGUGGCUGGUUCAUCACCAAGGUUUUUCGUUCCCGGGACUACCAGCCUCUCCUUUGGAUCUUCCAGCAGUUCUUCAGCAAGGUCCAGGCCACCAAGCCCCAAGCCUCUCGCAAUGAAUCCGCUGAGAUCUUUGUGGUGUGCCAAGGUUAUCAGGCUCCAGACAAAAUCGACAGCAAGUUUUUUGACCCCAAAUACGCUUUCAAGGAGGUGGAGGUUCCAACUAAGUCUGUCAGUGAGCUGGUCAGCAAAAAGAAACCGAAGGCAGAAGGCUAUGCAGAUGGCGACAUGACCCUCUACCACCGCUUCACCCUGAUGGACUUCCUCAAGGCUCCCAACCCCGUGGACUUCCUCUCCAAGGCCAACGAGAUCACACUGGGGGAUGGUGAGCUGGAGAACCACAGUUCCACCACAGAGGAGCUGCGUCAGUGCUGCAAGGACAUCCGUGUGCUGGGACGCAAAGAGCUCAGAGCCCUGCUGAACUGGAGGACGAAGUUGCGGCGUUUCUUGGCCAAAAAGCUGAAGGAGCAGGCGAAGGAGCUGGAUAUCAACCUGAGCUCUGGUGAAGAGGAGGAAGGCAAAGAAGAAGAGGAGAAAGAGAAGGAGAAGAAGAGCUUGCCAGGAGCUACAGCUGAUGAGGUGGUGAAUGAGGACGAAGAAGAGGUAGAGCUGGCGUUGACGGAGAUGAAGGCCAAGGAGUUGGCAGAGUUGAAGAGAAAGAAGAAGAAGAUCCUGAAGGAACAGCGGAAGCAGCGCGAGCGUGUGGAGCUGAAAAUGGACCUCCCUGGUGUCUCCAUCGCUGAUGACGGUGACACCAGCAUGUUCUCCCUCCGGACUAUCCACAAGACCCCGCUGCUGAACGAGUUGAGCCGAGGGGACAUGGCGUCAGCAGAUGCCCUCCUGGAGAUGGGACCUGGGGAUGAUGACAUUUAUGUCUCAGAUCACGAGGAAGACGAUGAUGUGUCCCUGGCCAGCGAUCUAGACCCAGAGGAACUGCUUGAGAUAGAAGCCCGUCAGCGCCGGCUGGAGCGGGAAAGGCGAGAGCAGGGUGCAAAGAGGGGGAAGCUUAAGCAGAAGGAAGAGGUAGAGGAGGAAGGGGAGGAAGAGGAGAAUCCCCUGCUGGUGCCCCUGGAGGAGAAGUCAGUGCUGGAGGAACGGCAGACCAGCCUGUGGUUCGGGAAGGACGCCUUUGCCGGCAUCGAGGACAAUGCGGAUGAGGAGCUGGAGCUGGGGCAGUCACAGAUGUUGGCUGAGAAACAGCGCGAGUCUCAGAGAGAUAAAGCAACAAAGAAAGAGCAGAUGAAGAAGAAACCCCAGGAAGAAUCUCCAGCUGAGGCCCCGCCUGCCGCAGACACAGGACCCGAUGCUGGUAAAGUGCAGGAUGAGGAGAGCAGCGAUGACGACAGCAGCAGUGACGAAGAGAGGCCACUGAUUCCGGCAGGGAAGAAGCGGGGCCGUGUUGAGCCAUGUGGCUUUGAGGUGGUGCCCAUUGAGGACCCAGUGAAAAGAGCCCGUGUCCUGGACGCCGAGGGCCUGGCGCUUGGCUCUGUCAUCGCCACCUCUAAAAAGGCCAGGAGGGACCUGAUUGAUGACUCCUUCAACAGGUAUUCUUUCAACGAGGAUGAGGGAGAGCUGCCAGAGUGGUUCACUGAGGAGGAGAAGCAGCACCGGCGCAAGCAGAUCCCCGUGGACCGGCAGACGGUUGAGGCGUAUCGACAACGCUGGCGUGAAAUCAAUGCCCGCCCCAUCAAAAAGGUGGCAGAGGCCAAGGCCCGCAAGAAGCGGCGGAUGCUGAAGAAGAUGGAGCAGAUGAAGAAGAAAGCAGAGGCCGUGGUGAACACUGUGGAUAUCUCAGAGAGGGAGAAGGUGGCCCAGCUGCGGCGUAUCUACAAGAAGGCUGGGCUGGCCAAGGAGAAGCGUCAGGUCACCUACUUGGUGGCUAAGAAAGGCGUAGGACGCCGGGUGCGCCGUCCUCCUGGCGUCAAGGGCCAGUUCAAGGUUGUCGACAGUCGCCUGAAGAAGGACACAAGGGCUCAGAAACGCAAAGAACAGAAGAAAAAACGCCAUAAGUGAUGUGGGAGCUGCUCUGUCCUUGGUGAGGGACUCUGCUUGGGGCAGGAUUGGCUCCUGUCCUCCUACCGCAGCCUUGGGAGCAGCUGGCUCGCCCCAUGCUCUGCCCCAGCGUGAGGACAGGGCUGUGACUUGACCACCCAUUAGUGCCUUGGUGUGACAUUGCCUCCUGUCCUCCGGUGGAGCCGGGAGGGCUGAUUUGGCCUCAGCACUGUAGCAUCGACCCCUGUCCACGCGUGGCUGCUUCUCCAAGUUUCUCAUCAUUGCUGAAUCUCCUGGAAAAUGAUGACACAAACAUUCGUGCUAGCCCUAGAGAUGUUGUGCCUCGUGGCAAAGGCUCCCCAGGCCAUGUUUGUCACCAAAGUACAGGACAGUGGGUGCUGGUCUGCACAGAGCAACUCCUCAGAUCUAGUGGAAUUAAAGCCUGAUCUGAGGAUGCCCUGGAACGUUGUUCUGCAUCUCAGUAAGGUGAGAAGCCCGUGCUGUGAGCUGCCCCCUCCCUUCCUGUGCUGUUUGGUGGAGAGGGCUGUAGGGUAGAAAGGGUCUGCACACCUCUCUGCAAGCCCACUCACUUCAUUUUAGCUCUGGUGAAGAAGCUGAACGGCAGCUGAAUUGCCCAACAUCCAGCCUCCCUACCCUACCCACAACAGCCACCCCAUCCCCACCACCCCACCAGGUGUGGGACCCUGCAUGGUUAAGAAAAGAAAGACCAAGAGAACGCAAGCAUUUGAGCAAAUG